UCCUGGCAACCUGAGGCAGCUCUGGUGCCAUGGAGGACCACUUACUGCUACGAAGUUUUACUGUAUACAAGCCCUGGAGAAGCUGUGUGGAGGCCAUGUCAGUAUUGCCUGGAGACGUGAGACUCAUAUCAGACCGUUAAGGCUUAACAUGGGAGAUGGCGGCAAUAGGAAGAGUUGACUGAGGAAGGAAAUUAGGAGAAAUUUCACCCAUGAAGCCCAAGGAUCCAGGUAAAGCAGAAGAGGCUGGAGAUGCCAGGCAAUCAUCAAAGCAGCAUGAAGGAAUAAUCAGAUCACCAGAGACAGACUGGCAACCGUUCAGAGCUGACAAAAGAGCCACCUUGAAUUCAGACACGCGGAUAGUUGGAGAUGACAGAUUUUAUAUCUUUACUAGCUAAUAUCUAAUGUUUUAAAUAAACUAUGUUACAAAGUGAAUGUUUAACAAUUCACACACUAUAAGUUUAUUCAUUAAUCCUUGUGGCUAUAUACAAUAGUGUUUAAAAGCACAGAAUUUUUUUCCAGGGCAGAGACCAGGAGUCUGAUAGCUGCACUGCCAUUUACUACCUAUGUAAUCAGAGGCAAGUGAUUUAACCUUUCUGAAAUUUAGUGCCCUUGUCUAUAGAAUGGACGUGAUUAGCGAAUUUGUGAGGAUUAAAUGAGAUGCUCUACGUAAAGUGCUUAAAAAAGCUCUUCACUCAUAGAAUCACUUCAUGAAUGAUGAUUGUUUUUAUUGUUAUUUUAAUAGUCAUACUUAUAUGUAUGUGAUGCAUUGUACAUAGUUCAGUUUUAAUAAGAUAGUCUUACUUAAAUGAUGCAUUUAUUUUCUACAUAAGGAAAAUGAAGCAUACAGUGUGUGUGUAUAUAUAAAUGAUCACAUCCAGGACUCACACCAGGGAAUUUCUGUAAUAUUCUUCAUCGUUCUUUUCAUUUUGCUACAUAAAAUCCAUUGUGUAAGCAUAUUUUCCAGAAGACAGAAGAUUACAUGAUAAUUAAGUUUUAUUACAUGAAAGCCUGUUUUGAGAUUUUUUUUGUAUACUUCAUACAUGGCUAAAUUGUGGGGAGAGUGAGACCAUCCAUGGAAACCACAAACUUUUAAAAAAUCAUGUUGUUUGAUAUAAUCGUAUAUUCUUUGAUAUAAAUAUAAAUGUGUUUUUGACAUAAGAGAAAUAAGUAAAAACUUUGGGGCUAUGAGUCUUAGCUGUGUUAACUCUUGCAAAUUAUCCCUUGGAUAAAUAUCAUAGUAAAUCUAUUCCGUGAGUGUACUGCCUUUGGCACUAGGAGUUUUACUCAUAUUAAUUUAAUUACGAUAAGCAGAAAGGAGAAAUACAGUAAGCAGAGAGAAGAAUUUACUUUCUUUAACUGUUAAUAUCUUUCAAAGGUCAUCUUUUUAAUCUGCUAUAAUAGAAAUGCAUUAAAAAGUAGCAAGAAAACAAAUUGAAUUGAAGGGAAUGAAGUUAGAACACACGAGUAGAUUAGAGAUUUAAUGAAGCUCCAAUAAAGUUUCAGUUUCUCUCAAUCUUAACGGAUCCAACACCUUGUUUUUGUAACAAAUCUUUUGUAAUAAGUCUUUAUUAUCUUUACUUUUAUAGCCUCUAUUUAGUAAACUCUGAGUUUACUAAAUGAAAGUCAUAGAUCAAAAUAUGGUUGUUAAAAUAGAGACAGUUGUUAAUUCUCACUUUUCUUGCUGAAGAAAUAAAAGGAAAUAUAUUAAUGAUUUGUUUCAGCAUCCCCUAUCCAGUUCCUAGGUUGCAUACAGGUAUGUGAACCAGGAGAAGUUCUAAGCACAGGAUAAUCGGGCUCCCAAAAUUCGAACUGUGGUGUUCCCUGCAAGUAGUGUCACAGCAAUGAGAAGAUUCAAUAACACCUUUCAUCACUUCAAUGGCUUUGUUCUAGUGGGCUUCUCUGAAUGGCCCAGACUAGAAAUGGUUCUUUUUGUAGUCAUCUGCAUCUUCUAUAUAUUGACCCUCUUUGGGAACUCAACCAUAAUUAUCUUGUCACACCUUGAUCCCAGACUCCAUACCCCCAUGUAUUUCUUUUUGGCUAAUCUCUCUUUUUUGGACCUCUGCUAUACUACCUCCACUGUCCCCCAGAUGCUGGUAAAUAUACAGAGCCACAAAAGAAACAUAAGCUACAUAGGAUGUGUAGCUCAACUUUUUAUCUUCCUUGGUUUAGGAUCCACUGAAUGUGUACUUCUCUCAGUGAUGGCCUUUGAUCGUUAUGUAGCUAUCUGCCAGCCUCUCCAAUACACAGUUAUCAUGCAUUCUUGGCUAUGCCAACAACUGGCAGCAGUGGCUUGGGUAACAGGUUUCAGCAACUCCUUGGUGCAAACAGUGUUGACUUUCUUAUUACCUCGUUGUGGUCAAUAUCGGGUGGAGAAUUUUUUCUGUGAAGUACCUGCCAUGCUUCAAUUAUCAUGUGUUGAUACACGGAUUAAUGAAGUGGAGAUGUAUGCAGCUGUGGUAGUCAUAAAAGUUAUCCCAGUUGGAUUGAUUCUAUUUUCUUACAUUAACAUUGUCAGAGCAGUAGUAAGGAUCCAAUCUUCUGAGGGUCGAAAGAAGGCCUUCAACACAUGCGGGUCUCAUCUGCUGGUGGUCAUUAUGUUCUAUGGCUCAGCCAUUAGUGGUUAUGCAUAUAUGGCACCCAAGAGCAACUCAGCCAAAUUGAAGGGCAAGCUUCUUGCACUCUUCUAUGGACUUCUAACUCCAAUGCUCAACCCUCUUAUCUACACCUUGAGAAAUAAGGAUGUUAAGGGAGCAGUAAAGAAGCUACUGGGGAGAGAACAAGAGCAAGGUGGAACAUGUCUUAGGAGAAUGUAGUCCUCUCACAAUUCAAAUUCCAGACUCUCAGACUGCCUAUGGCCAACUGCCAUCACUCCUCUCACUCUCAAAUAAUAAUGGCUUGUUGUUACUAUUAUUAUCCAUGUAUUUCACAGGAAGUAAAAUUUUGAUUAUUCUCCCCCGAAAUAAUGAAACAGAGCUCUAAAAAUAGAUAAUUAGUAUUCAUAGAUUUUAGUAAAAUAAUUGUAUUUUUGUUACUAUGUGUUUUUUUCUAAUGAAGUUUUAAAAUUAAUAGCCAAAUAUGAUUUCUUAUCACAUGGCCCAUUAAAACUUAUGAUUCAGGGAAUAAUCUUGAGACUUGUUUGGAAGUCUUAAAGCAGAAAGAUAACUGCUUAAAAUGACUAAAUUGUUACAAAAUUAGCAGAAUGCACUUAUAGAUAAGAAGAAACUUCAUUUCUUCCUUUCAUAGUCCUUUUUUUUUAUGUUGUCAGUGCAGCUGUUGUACAUCUAAACUAAUUUUAACCAAUAUUAGGAUGGGGCAUCCUCAGGGAGCCAAGAGCAUGCUGUGGAAAUCUACACUGUUCUGGAGAAAAAGAAGUGCACAUAUAGAAAGCUCUGUGCAAUGUCUCUGACUAUUAUCCAGUCCUGCCAGCAGCCUCUUUUAGCAUAUUUCUUUAACUCUGCACCUCAUCCUAUGGAAGUUUUUCCUUAUGGCCAAUAUAUAAAGAACUUUUAUGUUUCUCAAGUAACAGCCUUUAAUAUAAAAACAUCUUGUGGUCCAAUCAGUAUAUAUGUUAUUAUUGGUGCUCAAUCAUCUUUAUCAGCAUUAUAAUAUCUAUUUUCAGCAGGCCAAAUGGAAAAAUAGAAAUUUUUCUUUGAAUGGAAAGGCAAGAAAUCAUAUAGCUUCUGUCCACAGGAUAGACAUCUUCAAUAUCAUGUUUUACAGAUUCCACAUUUUAUGUAAUGGCUGCUGAGUGAAAAGCCUACCUCUAGGCAAAAGUAUCUGGGCUUGGCACAAUUAAGAGUCUCUUGCAUGUACUGUGAAAAUAGCCAAAUAUAUGAAAGGACGUUCCUACCAGCAAUGCAUCUCAUUAAAUUAUAACCAUUGUUUUCUUACCUUCUUGUGAAAAUUAUGGUGUUUACAUUGGGAAAAGAGGAGAAAAAAUAGACUGAAUAGUCAUCUGAGUGAAUGUACAGCAGAAAAAUGUGAGAAAACAUCUACACUCAAAGAUUGUAAUGUAAUAGGUCAUUUAGUAAUAGUGAUAUAUAACUUGUCCUUUCCAAAUAUAUUUGAGCAGUGGACAUAUAGUUCUUUUCUCCCAAAGAAUAUGAGCUGCUUGAAGAUGUGAUAAAAUGUCUAUCAUCUUUUUUUUUUCUCAAAGAUUUGUGUUUUAAGAGCAGUUUUAGGUUCACAGUAAACUGAGAGAAAGGUACAGAGAUAUCUCUUAUAGCCCAGCCCCCAUAUAUGCAUAGCCAGCUCCGUUAUAAACCUCUCACAAUGUUAAUAAUAAAGGCGAAUAGAAAUUACCAAAUAUUCAUCAAUAGUAAAAUAGAUUAAUAAAAUGUAGUAUAUUCAUAAUCUAGAACACUAUACAGCCCUGAAAUGAAGUACUGCUACAUGCAACGUCCUGGAUAAAUCUCACAAACAGGUUGAAUGAAAAGAGCAUGUAUGACAUGACUCAAUCUGUGCAAAGUUCAAAAACAGGUAAAACAAAUUUUGUUUUCAGACAUUGGGUGGUGAUUACCUUUAGGGAGGAAAUAGUGAACGAAUGGGCAUGAGGGGUCUCCGAAGAUUGGGUAAUAGUCUAGUUUUUCAUUUGGGAAGUGGUUGCAUGUGUUCUUGUUUUCACUUUGUCAUAAUUCAAUUAUGUUUAGUGUUUUCUUCUUUAGGCAUAUUAUACUUUAUAAAACUAUUAAAAAUUCAUGUCAAAUAGUAUAAGCUGAUUACUUAAAUAAUAUUUAAUGUCUAACUCAGAGACGGUUCUCCAGAGUGACUAUAAAUCAAUAAAUUAAUGUUGAAUCUUUUUUGUGAAUUUUUAGAGAUGUAAAUAAUUUUGUUAUUAUGACGAAUCUUUCACUAUUUAAAAGGAGGCAAUUUUCAAUUUCCCUUUCCGAUGUAAAAGGGAAAUAUGCCAUGAUAGUUCCAAUAUUGACUAUUCAGAAAAUAACUGAUUUUUUACUUUGAAAAAUUAAACAUUUUUUCUAAAAUAAAUAUACAUUUCUACGUUAAAAUUUUACAUAUAUUCAUCAUUAAAUUAGUUUACAUUUUCCGAACUGGUUCCCAAUCAUUACUGUGGAAACCAAGUUUGGAGUGAGAUAUUUUCUUGAAUAUUCUUCACAGUCAUGCCUUAGAUGGCUCUAUUUUAAGCACUGCAAGUCAAAGUCUGUAUUUUAUGGUCAUUUGCAUUCCCCAUCACCUACUAGAAUAAUCAGUUAUUUAAAAUUGUUUGGGGACUUAUGAACUAAUGGGUGGUUCAUUUAGAGGACUUCAAUUUAUUGGUGCCAGCAUUUGGUUUGUCAUUCUCAAAAUGCAUUGGCACUCGAUAAUCCAUUUUUCAAGUGCUGAUUCUUCAGCUCAUUAGUGCUACCCGAGACAAAUUAUCUUUCCUCAUGCUUAAUGUGGGAAUAAUAGAAGUCAUGAACUAAAAUAAAUUUUAUAGCAUGUAGUCAAUUUAAUUAAAUGAUAGCUUUCCCAGUAUUAUUGUUAUAAUUAUUCAUAUG